GCGAGCAUGCAGGCGAACGAGCCGGGAGAUUCAUUUGCUAGAUGGGCGAGUGUGCGGGCAGAAAAGCGGGCGUGCGCGCGAGUAAGCGAGUGCACAAACACACGGUCAACUAUUCGUACGGGUGUGUGCCUCCAAGCGAGGCAAAUGAGAAUCCGGAACGAAUAGCGAGCUCAAAUGCGCCGUUCCGGUUACGCUGCUACACACCAAACUCGCUUGAUGAACUUUGAAUCGCUACCUGCCGCGCACAC